AUGACUACAUUUACACCUAAGGCUAUUGUACACAAAAGAUUUGGUAGCUCAGCCUGCUAUAAAGUAGAGGAAGUGCAUGAGUCCACUCAAAAUGGAUGUCCAGGGUUGGCCAUUAUGCAGAAGGGCCCUUGCCUUUAUCGCUGUACCUUGCAGCUUCCAGAAGUUACGGUUGUAUCUGGAAUUUUUAAAAAGAAGAAGGAUGCUGAGCAAUCUGCUGCUGAAUUGGCCUUAGAGAAGCUAGGCAUUAAUCCCGCAACAAAAAGCCUUUCUCUGCAGGAAGCAUGGGAUGAUUUAGUCGCUCGUGUCAGUUUUUUAUUUUCAGACGAGUUCCUUUCAACUCUUCAUCCGCUGAGUGGUCACUUCAGAGCAGCUUUGCAGAGAGAAGGUGAUCUUUCUGGGCAGAUUCCUGCUUCUGUCAUUGCCAUCUUUGAUGCAACACUUUGUAAUAUGUGUAAAUCCCUUGAUCCUAAGGUGGAGUCCAAUCCUUUCUUGGUUAUACCUUAUGUUGUGAGGGCUGCUGCUAGAUUAUCUGAACUUAUUUCUACUUCUGAGGAAGAGCUCUGGUUUAGGAGGCGAAAUCCAUAUGCUCCUGAAACAGUGGAGUCAUCAUCUAUCCAGCAAUUAGGUUCGACAGAAAUCUUUUCAGUUGAAGCCAUAAAAGUACCAUCUUCACUAGAGAAGACUGUUGAAAGAGUAAUCCUUAAUGUCUCAUCUUCUGGAUAUUUCCUGGAUGUUAUUGCAAAACAACUUGGGUUAUCGAAAGCUUCUGACGUUCUGAUCUCAAGGCCUAUAGGUAAGGCUUCCUCUGAGACAAGACUGUACUUUGCUGCUCCCAAGCAAUAUCUGUUGGAUAUGUCUUCAGAUCUUCUAAAUGCCAAAGAAGCUUGUAACUCUGAAGGAUCUUUGAAUGCAAGAGCAAGUUACUUGUCUGGCCAAGAUAUAUAUGGUGACGCUAUUUUAGCAUCCAUUGGAUACACGUGGAGGUCCAAAGACCUUUUCUAUGAAGAUGUAACCCUGCAAUCAUAUCACAGGAUGGUCAUUGGCAAGACACCAGGUGGAAUUUACAAGUUGUCCAGAGGGGCAAUACUUGCAGCUGAGUUACCUUUGGCAUUUACUACCAAUGCAAAAUGGAAGGGUUCCUUUCCAAGGGAGAUGCUCUGUACAUUCUGCCGUCAGCACCGGCUUGAACCCGUCUUCUCUACUCAAAGCACUCUAGAAGAAUCAUCCGAGUCACCAAAAUCACACAAGAAGUUAAAGGUGACAGACUUGCCUGUCAAAGAGGCACAAUAUGCAAAUGGCUGUGUUGUUGCUGCUGGCGUAAAGGACUCGGUUGAAUCCGGAGGUAGCUUUAGAUGUGAAGUGAAAAUAGUUUCUAAAUUUCAGGAUUUUAUUUUAGAGUGCUCACCGAAAGAUUCUUUUAAGAAACAGAGCGAUUCCAUCCAGAAUGUUUCUUUGAAAGUUCUGUUAUGGUUAAAUGCAUAUUUUCGAGAUCCAACUGUGCCUUUGGAGAGACUUAAUGCUUCUGCUGAUGGUCUUAACAUUAGAUUUGAUCCCCAAAACUUUAUUAAAGUAUUUAUGCUGUGCCAACAUAUUCAUAAUGUGAAUGCGUCAUAUGCUCUGCCUGGACAUGAAUUUCGUUCUCUAAAUAUAGAAGGACCAGAUUCUGGUGUUACUCCAUCUAAUGGAUCCUUAUCAUCUGUAAGUUAUUCCGUAUCUUUGGUGACUGAAGAUGAACAUAAGAAAGAACUUCUGGAAAGUAGUGAUGACUUUGAGUUUGAGAUAGCAUCUGGAGCAGUGAUUCCACAUCUCGAGACAGUUGUCAUGCAAAUGACUGUUGGUCAGUCUGCUUUUUCCAGUAUGGAUUUGCCCCAUCAAGAGUUGAUUUUAGCUGCAGCUGAUGAUUCUGCUAGGAUGCUUUCCUUGUUGUCUUCAAAGACCUGCUUCUUGGAGUACACUAUAACUUUGUUGCAGGUAACAGAACCUCUGGAGGAUAGAAUGGAGCAGGCUCUUUUCAGCCCUCCACUUUCAAAACAGCGUGUCGAAUAUGCGGUGCAAAGCAUCAAAGAAUCUUGCGCCACUACUUUGGUUGACUUUGGAUGUGGCUCUGGUAGUUUGUUGGAUUCUUUAUUAAACUAUCCAACUUCUCUGGAAAAAAUUGCUGGUGUUGACAUUUCACAGAAGAGUCUUACCCGUGCGGCAAAGAUACUUCAUUCCAAAUUAGAUGCCAGUAUGUCAGCCAUAAAUUCUGCAGUUCUGUACGACGGUUCAAUUACAGCUUUUGAUUCACGAUUGAGUGGAUUUGAUAUUGGUACUUGCUUAGAGGUCAUAGAGCAUAUGGAGGAAGAUCAAGCAUCUGAGUUUGGCAAUGUGGUACUGAGUUUAUUUCGUCCAAGGGUUCUUAUUGUCUCCACUCCAAAUUAUGAAUACAAUGUGAUACUCCAGAAAUCCAAUUUGUCAAGCCAGGAAGAUGAUCCUGAAGACAAAAAUCAAGCACAAUCAUGUAAAUUUCGUAACCAUGACCACAAGUUCGAGUGGACAAGAGAACAGUUCAAUUGCUGGGCAACUGAAUUGGCCAUGAGGCACAAUUACAGUGUUGAGUUCAGUGGGGUUGGGGGAUCUGGUGAUACAGAACCAGGUUUUGCUUCCCAGAUUGCUGUCUUUAGAAGGGGACCUGUACGUCAGGAAGAUGUUCUUCCAGAGGUUUCAGAUAUGGAACAUCCUUACAAAGUUAUAUGGGAAUGGAGCAGCAACGAUAGCUCAAGAUCUGCUCUGACAAACUGA